GUCGUGAACUUGUUGAUUGAGAUUCUCAAAAAAAUCAGGGCGGCAAUGACGCGCUGGCUUCCAACUGUUCAAAGUUGCGUGGUCUUCACGAACAUUGUCGCAUCACAUAGCGUUAUCCCUACUCUCAGGCAGAGGAGUUUGUUUGCAGAAGGGUUUUUCAAGACUUCCAUGGUUCUGCUUUACGACGAGGCUGUUGCAUAUGCAUUUCAAAUUGAAAGCUCUUGA